GUAAUCAUUGAUGGAGUUGCUCACGUGCAGUACAGCACUGAAGAUGACACAAGUAGCAUACCAACAGAGGUGUAGCCCUGUGACCUGUGUGUGUUUGUGACUGGUGUGUGUGUGUGUGUGUGUGUGUGUGUGUGUGUGAGAGGCAUGGCGGCGACAUUGUCCCUUCCGUGCCCGGUGAGGCUGGGUGUCGUGAGGCAGGCGGGACCCAAGGCAGACCUGCACCGCUGCACACUGGAGCGAAACGUCAACAAGAUGGAGAAACUCCUCAAGAAAGGUGUGUAUGUGGACUGUGUGAAUGAUCUGGGCCAGUCGUCUCUGUUCUGCGCGUGCCUGGUAGGACUGACCGGUGCCGCUGAACUGCUGCUGCAGUAUGGAGCCGAUCCCAACCAUCGCUGUCAUGACCGGAGCACUCCCGUGCAUGCGGUGGCGUUCUCCUGCAAUGCGAGGCUACUGAGCACGCUCCUGGACGCGGGUGGAGACCUCCGCCUUCACGACGCCAUGGGCCAGCGACCUCAGGACUGGGCAACUGCAGGAGCACAACCUAACGGGCCUAAGAUGCUUGAGUUCCUGAACAGCUGCAUGUCUCAGAUGCUGAGUCUGGUUCAGCAACGGUUGCCAGGGGAGACACGCUCCACCCCCUCUUCCUCUAAGAUGCUGCUGAGGCCCCCCUCUCUGAAGGACCUCCUCAAACCAGGGGGUUCUGAUCUGUGUCUCAGUAAGAAGAGCAGCAGCAGGAGUGGACCCUGGGGCUCAGUGCAGUGCUUCGGCUUUGGGAAGCUGUGUGUGGAACGGCGGGGGCAGCUGGUGGGGCUGCUGGCGUGUGUUCCGCUGGUGUCUGACGUAGAGCUCACGCUACAGGAGGACGAACCGCCCACCAGCUUCACGCUGGGAGACCACACACACAUGAGCAACUCCAGCUGGAGGGGUUGCCGGGUGACGGUGAAGGAGCUGCUCCCCCAGAUUGGCAGUGAGACGGGAAGGACGCACAGCUACAGGGACCUGCUGCAGAGAGAACAGGACUACUGCAGUCGUCUGCUCCAUCCGCACCUGUUGCAGCUGUUGGCCGUGGCUCUGGGGCCGGACCUACACACACGCCUGGUGUUUGAGAGGGUCCACAUCGGACCGCUGCACGACAUUAUACACCACAAGCGGGAGGAGUUGCCGGUACUGCCAGUGGAGGGUGUGUUGAGUGUUCUGCUGCAGGUGUGUGAGGCGCUGCUGUACCUGCACACACGCAAGCUGGUGAUGCGCUCCCUCUCCUCACACACCGUCCUCAUCGUGCGGCCCGCACUCGCCAAACUCACCAGCCUGGCCUUCAUUACGUCUGUGUAA